UGGCAGCUCCGGGCGCGGACAGGACACUUCCGGGCGGGUUGGGGGCGGGGAGCCGGAACCGCCGGGGCCGGACGGGCGACGCGAGCUGCGACUCUGAAGUGCGCGGUCCUCGGCGCGCGAGUGGCGGACGCAUUCGCUGUAGACAGCUUCCCAGAACAGGUGCCGGAGAGGUCUGCAACCCGAGCCAGAACUGCCUGCAGGCCCCUGGGAGUGUCAUUAAAGUAGUCCGUGAUGUUGGCUGCCUCGACGUCCAUGGAGCGUAGCCACUAGGCCUGCAGGGCUUUGGACCAACACCCGUCCCUGCCGUGAGCACAUGCCCUAGGUAAAGCCUGCAGUCACAAGACACAGAGAGAGGGGGAACACAAGCGGGGGAGUGGGAGAGGGAGAAGCAGGCUUCCCGCCAAGCAGGGAGCCCGACGCGGGGCUCGAUCCCAGGACCCUGGGACCAUGACCUGAGCCGAAGGCAGACGCUUAACGACUGAGCCACCCAGGCGCCCCUAUCGAUCACUUUAAAUGCAGCCAGAAGCGGGGUCACCAUGGCAUCCCCGUCGACCUACCAGGCGGAGGAGGACGAGAGUCUGAAGGGGUGUGAGCUCUACGUUCAGAAGCAUGGCGUUCAGCAGGUCCUCAAGGACUGCAUUGUGCACCUGUGCAUCUCCAAGCCCGACAGGCCCAUGAAGUUCCUGCGGGAGCACUUCGAGAAGCUGGAGAAGGAAGAAAACAGACAGAUUCUGACACAGCAGAAGUCAGACUCACAUGAUGAGGAGGUCUCCCCGACCCCACCGAACCCCGUGGUGAAAGCCCGCCGCCGCCGAGGGGGCGUGAGUGCCGAGGUGUACACGGAGGAGGAUGCCGUGUCCUACGUGAGGAAGGUCAUCCCGAAGGACUAUAAGACCAUGACGGCUUUGGCCAAAGCCAUCUCCAAAAAUGUGCUGUUUGCCCACCUGGACGACAACGAGAGAAGUGACAUCUUCGACGCCAUGUUCCCUGUCAUGCACAUCGCCGGGGAGACCGUCAUACAGCAAGGGGACGAAGGAGAUAACUUCUAUGUGAUCGACCAAGGAGAAGUAGAUGUGUAUGUGAAUGGAGAGUGGGUGACCAGCAUCAGCGAAGGGGGCAGCUUUGGGGAGCUGGCACUCAUCUAUGGCACCCCCAGGGCGGCGACCGUGAAAGCCAAGACAGACCUCAAGCUCUGGGGCAUCGACCGGGACAGCUAUCGGCGCAUCCUCAUGGGCAGCACACUGAGAAAGCGCAAGAUGUAUGAGGAGUUUCUCAGCAAGGUCUCCAUCCUGGAGUCCCUGGAGAAAUGGGAGCGCCUGACCGUGGCAGACGCCCUGGAGCCCGCGCAGUUUGAGGACGGAGAGAAGAUCGUGGUCCAGGGGGAGCCUGGGGAUGACUUCUUCAUCAUCACGGAGGGCACGGCCUCCGUCCUCCAGCGCCGGUCCCCCAACGAGGAGUACGUGGAGGUGGGGCGCCUGGGGCCCUCUGACUACUUCGGGGAGAUUGCGCUGCUGCUGAACCGGCCCCGGGCGGCCACCGUAGUGGCCCGGGGGCCCCUCAAGUGCGUCAAGCUGGACCGGCCCCGCUUCGAGCGUGUGCUGGGCCCCUGCUCCGAGAUCCUCAAGAGGAACAUCCAGCGUUACAACAGCUUCAUCUCCCUCACCGUCUGAGCCCUGCAGGCCUGCGGCCCCGCUUCCCUGUGGUGGCGUGCUCGUCUGUAUCCGUGGGCUGUGGGGGUGGGCGCCCCGGACACCCGGGGCUGCCCCUCCCUCCGGACUCAUGUUUGGAAUAAAACAGUCACCCUGUGCAUUGCAAAAACAAAGGUCCCCCAAGACCCCCAGGCCGAGGAGAUGCCGGCGGCCCCUCCCCACGUCCCUCCCCCUCUGCAGCCAGUGGGCUCAUCGUCUCGGGCCCAAGCCUCUGGAGGCACACGAGCCAGCUUGCCCCCAGUGGCCGAGGGGCCAGCCAUGAGUCCAGGCUGGCCCGGGUGGGCUGGGUUGGCUGGGUCAGGCCAUGCAGGUGCCACCGUGCCCUGGGGCCUUGAAUGUCACGGGGUGAGGGCUGCAGUCCCCAGUGUGGCUCGCUGACCUCCAGGGGGGUGUCCCAGAGGGACCCCAGCUUCCAGGGGAAGUCAGUGUAAGGGAGAGAAGGCCCAGCUCCUGAGGGUCCUGCCAGAGACGACAGGCAUGAGAGCUUCUGGUGACCCUCCCUUGCCCCUGGACCCAGGCUCACAGGAACCCUUAGAGGAGGGACGGGGUCGAGUGGCGUGCCAUCGCCUUCGCUGGAGCUGGGGAUGCUCCACCAUCUGGGGAGCAUUGUCCUCCUGGAGUUGGGGUGGGGCCUGGAUGACGUCUGCUCUUCAACUUGUUUGCAAAGCAGCUUCUUGGAGACUUUCUGAGGGAGGGGAGGGGUUUCCUAGACACAUUAUGGGUAAAGUUGUGAGAGCCAGGGUCUCCUUCUGAGUUGUCCAGCGAUGCCCACUGGACAUGUGCCCUUGCCCUGGGAGACAAGUGUGGACCAAGGUCCCACCCUCCUGAAGCAGGAAAAGUAGCAAACAGCUCCAGGCCCCACACUCUCAAGUCCAUGAUCCACUGAGUGCCCCCAUAGAUGUGUUUUCCGUCCAAGCACCCCGCGAACGAAGAGGCCUGGGGGCGGUGCAGAGCCUCAUGGUGGCUCCCGGAGUCACAAACGAGAUGGUGCAGUUACCCCGAUUUUGCUCUUCCUGCGCACGUCUGGGAGGCUGCCGGUCCCAGGUGGCCCCCGGCCAGCCCUGCCUUUGCCCGUGGAUUUUUUGUGAUGCCUGCCCUAUUUAUCGCGACGUUCUGAAUGCUGCAUGUAAUAUUAAAUGUGCAAUGAAGUAUCUCCUCCCGACUUGCGCUUUUAGUCUGAAAUCCUUCACAGAGGAGGGUUUUUCUAUUGUUUUUACUGUGGUGAAAUACAUGUAACAUAAAAUUGACCG